GUAUUGUGCUUCCGAUCUUAGAGUGCAAGAGUACGAGAUUUCGAGUUUCUAAACUCUCAUCUCAGCUCCUUCGUCUUCAGAGUAUCAGCCAUGAAAUCCUUCUCUGGUACUCUCGUUGUGGCGUCACUUCUUCUUCUCCUUAGCUUAGCAUAUCAUACCAAAGCUGAAGUUAUAACCCUGACACCGGACACUUUCUCUGACAAGGUGAAGGAGAAAGAUACUGCGUGGUUUGUCAAAUUCUGUGUUCCAUGGUGUAAACAUUGUAAGAGCUUAGGGUCCUUGUGGGAAGACCUCGGAAAGCUAAUGGAAGGUGAAGAUGAAAUAGAAGUUGGGGAAGUUGAUUGUGCUACAAGUAAAUCAGUGUGCACGGAAGCUGAUAUUCAUUCAUACCCUACGUUUAAGCUAUUUUAUGAUGGAGAAGAAGUUGCAAAAUAUCAAGGCCCCAGGGACGUUGAAUCACUUAAAAUCUUUGUUUUAGAAGAAGCUGAAAAAGCAGCUACCAAGGCACAUCUUGGACAUGAUGAAUUGUGAAACUUCUUUAGUUAGAUCAUCGGCAUAUGAUGGAUGACGAUGCGCAUUAUGGACAUCUCAGAAGAAUUUUCAUUUAUUGAAUACAAGCAAGCAAGCAAAAUCUUUGAUCAAAAUUAACCCAUUUAGGUGUAAUUUGCACUGAUGUGUUUCAUCAACUUGCACAAAUUAUAGUGUAUUCUUUAAUAGCAAUUUUGUUUCCAAUUAAUAGUGUUUUGGAGUUGUUUACGUACAAAUGCUUUCUUCGUAAGCUGUAUCAUUUUUGCCUAAAUUCACUAUAGUUUGCGUUAUUAAGUAA